UCUUUAUUAACAAAGAAGCAGCGGCGAGGGACUCUGUCUGGUGCAAAGGCAUGGAUGAAAGGUUAUGUGCGCCCACCAGCUAAAGGCCUCUGUCGCCCCGACCUGUGCAUCCCACCAGUCCCUCUGUGAGCAUGUAUCGCAGGAACGGGCUUUCAGAUGGCACCAGCAUCCAUUCAGUCACCUCCGAGGCCAGCAGCAGCUCUGACUCUCUGGAUGUACAUUGCGUGGACUAUGCCAAGAGCUACGAUGCAGUGGUCUUUGAUGUGCUGAAGGUGACGCCCGAGGAGUUUGCUAGCCAAAUCACCCUGAUGGAUGCACCAGUCUUCAAAGCGAUACAUCCAGAGGAACUGGCCAGCUGUGGAUGGAAUGGGAAAGAGAAACACAGAUUGUCCCCCAAUGUGGUCGCAUUCACACGCAGGUUCAACCAGGUGAGCUUUUGGCUGGUUAGAGAAAUCUUAACUGCCCACACGCUGAAAAUCCGAGCAGCAAUACUGAGCCAUUUUGUCAAAAUAGCAAAGAAACUCCUGGAGUUGAACAACCUUCAUUCUCUGGUGUCAGUGGUGUCUGCUCUGCAGAGCGCUCCCAUCUUCAGACUCAGCAAAACCUGGGCGCUGAUCAGUCGGAAAGACAAGGCCAUGUUUGAGAAGCUCAACUAUCUCACGUCCAAGGAGGAGAACUACACCCGCAUGAGAGAAUACAUCCGCUCCCUGAAGAUGGUGCCCUGUAUCCCUUACCUCGGGAUCUACCUGUUGGACAUGAUCUACAUCGACUCAGCCUAUCCUGCAUCGGACAGUAUCAUAGAGACGGAGCAGCGGACCAAUCAGAUGAACAAUCUCCUGAGGCUCAUCUCUGACCUGCAGAUGUCAUGUAACUAUGAUUACUUGGUGACCCUGCCACAUGUCCAGAAGUAUCUGUUGUCAGUACGCUACAUAGAGGAGCUCCAGAAGUUUGUAGAGGACGACAACUUCAAGCUGUCUCUGAAGAUUGAACCUGGAAACAGUUCCCCUCGCAUCGCCUCUUCUAAAGAAGACCUGGCAGGUCUGUCUGAGGUAUCCGCCUCUCUGAGGUAUAACCGACGGCCUACCUGCCCCGAUGCCUCUGUGGGGGUUCAUAUUCCCACCCCCCCUCCCUCUCACCACAGGAAGAGCCACAGUCUGGGAAACAAUAUGAUGUGUCAGUACGGAAUGUCAGAGAGCCGGAGUGCCACGUUUCCCACAGAGAAAGCACGACACCUGCUGGACGACAGCUUCUUAGAGUCUCAGAGUCCAGUCAGAAAUGACCCACAAAGUACAUCUGUGUCCAACGGCCUGUCUUUAGGCAGCAGUGAAAGCUCUUUUGGGGAUGAGUUGUCACCUGGAAUGGAGAGGGGCCGCAUGUACGCAACACUGGGCCCCAACUGGAGGGUCCCACUUCGCAACUCCCCCCGGAACCGCAGCUAUGUUUACAGCUCCUCCGCCGGCAACUCCUGCUAUGGAUGCAGUGAGGCCAGCAGUGUGACUGUUGAAGGACCCCUGCGAAGGAAAACACUGCUGAAGGAGGGACGGAAGCCCAAGCUGUCAUCUUGGACCAGGUUUUGGAUCGCUCUGUCCGGAUCAACGCUGACGUUCUACGGGGCGAAAGCACUGAGGGCCUCUGAGAGGAAACACUACAAGUCUAGCCCCUGUAAGAAGGUGUGCGUGACUGGAUGGAUGGUGGUGCUGCCAGACGACCCAGCCAGACCCAACAUCUUCCAGCUGAACGACCCGGACAAAGGCAAUGUUUACAAGUUCCAGACCGGAUCCAGGUUUUCAGCCAUCAUCUGGCACAAAAACCUUGAGGAGGCUUGUAGGAGCAGUAGACCUCCGAUACCAGCAAACCUCAUGUCAUUUGAAUGAGAGCAGACCUCAACCAGCGUGUCAUUGUUGUGCCAAACCCAUUUGUUUGGGAAGUAUAGACUAAAUAAUGGAACACGGUGGAAUUUGAUGGUAUCUACUGA